UCUCAAUUUCACUUAAAGUUCUUGAAAAUUUCUCGGAAAAAUAUUAAUAACUUUCUUCAAAAAUAAACACUUUUUUGAUAGAGAUUUGGCAACUCUCGAAUGUUCAUACGGUGUUUUUUCCUAUAGCGCGGCAGAGCUACUUUGAUAUUAUUGUACCGUAAAGUUGUGUAUGUUGCUUACUUACGGAUUGAAGGGGCACCUUUUAUUGUUGACAUCUAUUCCAAUUGAGCUGAGACUUAGAUAAUUUAGAAUUUUCUUUUGAAUUGCUGGUUGCGUACUUUUCUAAAUUGAACUCAUCUUACUGUUUCUUUAAAAUUGACAAUUACUGACCAAAUUUUGUAAACAUAUUGCAAUUAUAGGCUAAAAAAUUUCAGUCCCAUUCCAUUAAAUAGCAAUUUUAUUUCAAUAUUUCCUACACCGUCCUACUUGUGUGAUCAGUGCAUCAACUAAAAGAAAUCACCAGCCCUAAUUUGAGUCUAGCACCGAUAAAUGUUGAGUUAAAUAUCAGCCAAUUAACCGUUCUUGUGUGCUAUCAAUUUUCUUUGUUCGUGGGAAUGAUUUCGCAAAUGAGAGAAUGUUUUCAACAUUUUCGGAAUGCAAUCAAUGGAUUUAAAACCACCUAUAGGAUCUAUUGGUCGUCGCUGAUGAAGCUUACUUGGCUUCCAUCCCGGUAAAGUGAUCUAAAUGAACUACUAAAAAUAGAAGGAAUAAUUCUCAGCGGCAAUUUAAAAUUAGGUAAUGCACCCAGUCGGUUCGUCAUCUAUGUCUGUCUGCGCGAAUAAAUUGUUUUUGAUUAGCCCGAGCCACACUCACGUUUAAUUGAAUUGUUUUCUACAUUCAUACGUGUAUAAAAAGUAUGAUUUUAACUUCAGUGUCAACCGUUCUGUUGAUCCUUGCAUCUUCCAUUGAGGCCUCGCCUUCUUCAAUGCCGUCGAACAAAACCUUUAGCGAAUUACUGGAUUCUUUCAUAGCUGUGGAAAUGAACCGAACGAACGCCACAAAAACAGCAGAAGAGGUGGCUGCUAACCGGAAAAGCAAGGCGACGCUGAAAUUCUUGAAAGACGUAGGAUACGCGAAUUAUGUACUCGAAAAUAUACGACGCUAUUUUGUCGCUGGUGAGAUGUGGCUGGAUUUUGUCGAAGGAGAAUCACAACUUCCGAAAGAAACAGUACUUUUGAGGGUGAAGAGAAAAAUGUGCCAGAGGACAUGUUGAAGAUGCUGCGACCAGUGAUGGACUCCAUCAAACAAAGUGAACAGGCGGUGACUCCUCUUGAGGAACAAUUACAAAAUGAUUUGGGAAAGGCCAAAAAAAAG